UUCAAGGACCCCACUUACCAACAUUUACAGAGCCAUAUUUCCUUGUACAGUAUCACAAGCAGCAAUUUGUGUGUAUAUAUAUGGUUUGCUAAGCUAGAUCUCUCCACUAUCACAGGCAAAACUCUUUCAUUUUCUUCCUGUUGAAACUUGUCUCGGACUUUUCAACUGAUUGACCUCCAUCAAUGGCGGAUCCGCGUGUUCUGACUCGUGUUCACAGCCUUCGUGAACGCUUGGAUGCUACUCUUGCAGAUCAUCGGAAUGAGAUACUGUUGUUUCUUUCCAGGAUUGAAGAGCAUGGAAAAGGAAUCCUUAAGCCGCAUCAGCUUCUUGCUGAGUUUGAAGCAAUCUGCGAAAGUGACAAAGAAAAACUGCAAGAUCAUGCAUUUCAAGAAGUUUUAAAGUUCACGCAGGAAGCCAUUGUGCUGCCUCCAUGGGUUGCACUUGCUAUUCGCCUAAGGCCGGGGGUUUGGGAAUACGUACGAGUCAAUGUUAAUGCACUUGUUGUUGAUGAACUGACUGUGCCCGAGUAUCUGCACUUCAAAGAAGAGCUUGUCGAUGGAACCUCCAAUGGUAACUUUGUUCUUGAGUUGGACUUUGAACCAUUUACUGCAUCGUUCCCUCGUCCAACCCUUACCAAGUCCAUUGGAAAUGGAGUCGAAUUCCUCAACAGGCACCUCUCUGCUAAGAUGUUCCAUGACAGAGAUAGCUUGACCCCUCUUCUUGAUUUCCUACGAAUGCACCACUAUAAGGGCAAGACAAUGAUGCUUAAUGACAGAAUACAGAACCUAAAUUCUCUCCAAGUGGUUCUGAGGAAGGCAGAGGAAUAUCUAUCAACGCUUCCUUCACCAACACCAUACUUGGAAUUUGAACACAAGUUCCAAGAGAUCGGAUUGGAGAGAGGAUGGGGUGAUAAUGCUGAACGAGUUUCUGAGAUGAUAUCUUUGCUUCUCGAUCUUCUACAGGCUCCCGACUCCUGCACUCUUGAGAAAUUCCUAGGAAGAAUCCCUAUGGUUUUCAAUGUUGUUAUUCUUUCUCCUCAUGGUUACUUUGCUCAAGAAAAUGUGUUAGGCUAUCCCGACACUGGUGGCCAGGUUGUAUACAUUUUGGAUCAAGUUCCUGCCUUGGAGCGUGAGAUGCUUAAACGAAUAAAAGAGCAAGGACUCGAUAUCAAACCGCGUAUUCUCAUUGUGACUCGAUUACUUCCAGAUGCAGUUGGAACCACUUGCGGUCAACGCCUCGAGAAAGUUUUUGGAACAGAGCAUUCUCAUAUACUUCGAGUCCCCUUUAGAACUGAUAAGGGAAUUGUUCGUAAAUGGAUCUCUCGUUUUGAGGUCUGGCCAUAUAUGGAGACGUUCACUGAGGAUGUUGCCAAAGAAAUUAUAGCAGAGUUGCAGGCGAAACCCGAUUUGAUCAUUGGUAAUUACAGUGAGGGCAAUCUUGCAGCCUCACUGCUUGCUCACAAAUUAGGAGUAACACAGUGUACUAUUGCUCAUGCACUGGAGAAAACAAAAUAUCCCGAUUCCGACAUUUAUUGGAAAAAAUUUGACGAGAAAUAUCACUUCUCGUGUCAGUUUACUGCCGAUCUUAUUGCAAUGAAUCAUACUGAUUUCAUUAUCACUAGCACAUUCCAAGAGAUAGCUGGAAAUAAGGACACUGUUGGGCAGUAUGAGAGCCACAUGGCCUUCACAAUGCCUGGAUUGUACCGCGUUGUCCAUGGAAUUGAUGUUUUCGACCCAAAAUUUAACAUCGUCUCUCCUGGGGCUGAUAUGAAUCUCUACUAUCCAUAUACAGAGAAAGAAAAGAGACUCACAUCGCUUCAUCCUGAAAUUGAGGAGCUUCUUUACAGCGAGGUCGAGAACGAAGAACACCUAUGUGUGCUGAAGGACAAGAAAAAGCCUAUCUUAUUUACCAUGGCAAGAUUGGACCGUGUGAAGAACUUAACUGGACUUGUGGAAUGGUAUGCCAAGUCCCCGAAACUUAGGGAAUUGGUAAAUCUUGUUGUGGUUGGAGGUGAUCGAAGGAAAGAAUCCAAGGACUUGGAAGAGCAGGCAGAAAUGAAGAAAAUGUAUAGUCUCAUAGAAACGUACAAGUUGAAUGGCCAAUUCAGAUGGAUUUCUUCUCAGAUGAACCGCGUGAGAAAUGGUGAACUCUAUCGUUAUAUUGCUGACACAAGAGGAGCUUUUGUGCAACCUGCAUUUUAUGAAGCCUUCGGUUUGACAGUAGUCGAGGCCAUGACCUGUGGUUUGCCAACCUUUGCAACGGUCCAUGGUGGUCCAGCCGAGAUCAUUGUCCAUGGAAAGUCCGGUUUCCACAUCGAUCCUUACCAGGGGGAGCAUGUGGCCGAGCUCCUUGUCAAUUUCUUUGAAAGGUCUAAACAAGAUCCUUCCUAUUGGGAAACCAUCUCGAUGGGUGGUCUAAAACGCAUCCAGGAGAAGUACACAUGGCAAAUUUACUCAGACAGGCUAUUGACGCUGGCUGGAGUUUACGGAUUCUGGAAGUACGUUUCCAAGCUUGAUCGUCUCGAGAUCAGACGAUAUCUUGAAAUGUUUUAUGCCCUCAAAUAUCGCAAGCUGGCUGAAGGUGUUCCCCAGGCAGUUGACGAGUAGACUGGUCACAGAUCAAAAGAUGGCAAGCAUGGGGAGUGUCCAAUUGAAGUUUUCUAUGAGGUUUUAAUAAAAUGACAGUAGAGACUGUGAAAUGACAAGGCUGUUUUCAGUUUUAGUUUUAAGUUAUAAUUGCGAGACUUUCUUUUAUUAUGCAUUAUAUGAUUGGACAAACAAUUUUUGUGUCUUCUGUUAAA